ACAGAUUUUGCAGACUUUGAGCAUGUCUUCGCCGGUGCAUGGCCUCGCAUCACAAACGCUAUCGCCACGGCUCACCAACACGGUCUCGGUGUGUUAAUCGGUAGGCGUCCCAUGUAUUCUUCGCCGUGCUAUAUUUGACCGUUGCGGCAGAUCUACACGCUGCCCCUGGGAAGCAGAAUGCAGACUCGCAUUCCGGAACAUCAUCUUCCAAUCCAUCCUUCUUCACGAAUUCUUCCAACAUGCCUCACACAACGCACGUGCUGUCCUCGCUCCUGUCCCAUCUCGAAGCAUUCGCCCCCUCGCACUCUCCACCGCUCCCAAAUAUAGUCGGGAUAGAGCUUCUCAACGAGCCUCAGCCGCAAUCCCAUAAACAAGCGCUGGAGAAAUGGUACCUCGACACAUUCAGGGCGCUUCGGUCCAUCGAUUCUUCCAUCCCGCUGUAUAUCGGCGACGCGUGGAUGACGGACGAGUACGCGGACUUCAUCAGCAACUCCGGUGCCCAGUUCAUUGUGCUCGACCACCACUUGUAUCGCUGCUUCACUCCUCAGGAUAGUUCCACAUCUGCUACGGAGCACGCACGAGCCCUGUCCGACCCGAACCAAUCGGCACCACAAAUGUUCGCCCGAGUCUCGCAAAAACUCGAAGGUGCAGGCUGCGGACUCGUCGUCGGUGAAUGGUCCGGAGCGCUGAACCCGGGCUCUGUCCAAGGAAUACAGAACGAAGAUGCUGCAAGGAGGGACUACAUAGCGGCACAAUUGCAACUGUAUGACCGCCAUUGCGCUGGUUGGUUCUUUUGGACAUAUAAGAAACAGUGGAGCGGAGAUAAGGGCUGGUCAUUCAGAGACGCCGUGGAAGCAGGAGUGUUUCCCGCGCUGGUGGGCUUACGCCGCAGGAAGCCAGUGGAAGAUACCGCUGCCAUAGCACCACGAAGGGAUUUGGCGCGAGACAAGGCUUUGGGCGAACAUACCGCAUACUGGCAGCAAUAUCCUGGGCAUUACGAACAUGAACGGUUUGGGGAAGGCUUCAUUCAAGGUUGGGAAGACGCAUGGGUGUUUCUUGGUGCCGAGCCGCUUGCCUCCGCUCCUGUUUCGGAACUAGGCUUCAAGGGACCUUGGGCGAAACGGCGAGCGCAGGAGCAUGCGAGGAGGCAAGGAGAAGGCAACAUAUGGGAAUACGAGCAGGGAUUCAUGCAAGGAGUAACAGCUGCAAGAGCAGAUUUCGAUGCCAUGUACUGCUGAUUCAGUCUCAGCUUCGGCAUUGGGAUAUUUACCUUUAUGCAAGCACCGUCACCGCGAUUGAGAAGGAACGAAAAUAGAAAACAGCUUACACUAAGGUGUGGGCAGUAUCUACGGCUCCCGAUCCAGGGAAGUCACGCUGUCAAUUUUCACGAACUGCGCGAGCGGCGUCAUGAGGUAUCUGUGGAUAAAUUCCGUGUGCACGAUGAGACGGUGCAAGGGCAGGCAAUGAGCAGCGCGUUCUGCGACCAUCCCGUACACCUUGUCAUAACUCGUAUCGUCCAGCAUGGUGACGUUCUUCAA